CUCCGACAGGUCCCGUUUGAUCGGCAUCGUGACCACUUUGACAGCACAUUGUCUCGGUAUAUCGUGAGGAGCCGCCUACCAAACCCCGUAUUUGGACUUUGUCUGUCUCCUCGACAACAUCGUGAACCCCGCCGUGGGGCCGCACAUGAUCGCUCUUGCCGAUCACCAGGUGCACCUGCAGCUGCCUAGCAACUAGAAAGUAAUCGCUUGCGGGUGAUCGGCCAGCAUAACGUGCACAUAAUCCCAGAACCAUUGGACUGCAUAUACAUGAUUUUCUUAUUGUCGCACGCCGCAUUGGAUACGAAUCGAGACUGGCGGUAACCCUGAUUCCAAAACCGGGAUCAGAAUCGCUUGACCCCAGUGUCCAACAUGUCGUCAGCGACUUUGUCGACUGAGACAAUGGCUCAAGGCGGCAACGCUGCUUUGACAGAUGACCCAAAGGUUGCACGUCAGACUUCGUUGGAAGACCAGGCCAACGAGCAGAUUGACCAGGAUACGCGGCAUAUGAUCGACGCCUUAGACCGAAAGAGAAGGCGCCUCGACGAGGAGAUUGCUCGAUUUAAAGCGGCCAAGGACGAAGAGUACCGGCAGUAUGAAAUCCAAUUACGCCGCCUUUUUGGAAAGGACCCAGACCAUCAACAAGAUUUGCGAAGACAUAGUGAUGAUGCAGGUAGCCGGCAGAGCCCAGAAGAGCCAGCUUCGGAAGAAAUAGAAUUGGCUCCGGAGCCGACGACUGAUGCCGGGGCGAGGCCACAUGUUGGAAACCUAGAUGGCACGGAUAGCUUUGAGGAAGAGUUACUGGGAUCAGAGGACGCAAAUGGCGGAGGUAGUAGUCACGUCGAACAUAUUAGGUCCCCCCACGAAAGAGAACGUGAGUUUCGGGGAGUCUUCACGCCCAGCUAUCUACCCUUGCUCGAAACCAAAAAGGACAAUCACGUUUCCACAGGCAACAGUGGGGCAACUUCAAGCUCACAAUCCAUCACAACAGAAGACAAGCAAAAAGAGGAAGUCGAACAGACCGCGACGAUCUCAAAGGAGCCUGACAGUACAGGUACACAGCAACCUGAAAGUCCACCUUCGCCGCUUUCUGCAUCCGAAAAGGCCGUGUCCUCUCCACGGCCGAUUUUGUUUCGCAGAAGCAGUCUCAAAGACCCUUCGAAGAAGAAUACCAGUCCCAAACGUGUUUUCUUCAUUCUUGAAGACCGUCUAGUGGCUCCAUCAGCAAGUCUCGAGGAGUCUUCCCCUUUUACUCCUCCGUCUUAUGAGUCAAUCUCGUACGAAGACUCACCUUCCGAUUACGAAGCCUCUCUACUGGCUUCUGAGUCUCCUUCCUCACCAAUGGAUAUGGAUCCUCAUGUGGAAAACUUCUCGGCGGAAGCUGCUCAUCAAUAUAUGCCCUCUAAUCCCGAGGCCAGCGCCGACCAUCGUGCUGGUAUGGGAGCUCAAUUUGCAAGCAAAUCUCCCAAUUCCAGUCCCAAUGUAAAACCUUCUGCUGGGCAUACGUCUCCAAUAAAAACCGGAGAAACUGGCACAGAUCUUGGCAUAAGCGGUCUCUCUUUGGAUCAAACGCCCUCCCACCAGGACGACGAUCACGACGAUCUUUUUGAGCUUGAUGAGGAAAUUGACCCGGCUCUUUCUUACGCUCCCAGCUCCCGCAACAAAAAUUCGAAGCCCCAGGACGUCUUUUCACAUAUUGAAAACCGGCGGAUUCAUGAACCGACAUCUUCCUCAUACAGUUUUUCAGGGUUCGGAGGUUAUAAUAUGCCAGGGGCCAGUGCUCCAACGGGAGUUAAUCCUCUGAACAUCAACCCCAACAGCAGGCAAACUCCCAUGGGUUCUCGCAAGUCAAGCUUGCCUAUCAGCUACGAUUAUCUCCUCGGCAUGACCGGUAGUCAGGGGCACUCGGCACCAGCUUAUCCUGUUGGCGGCUUCGCCCAAGGCAACUUCCGUCACAGAUCGGCCAAGCCGUACAGUGGUCACGGGGCAUUGGGAGAUCAGAAUACCAGCCACUCGCGCUAUAGCAUGGGUGGCCGCCUAGCUACGUUCAAAGAAGAAGAAGAAAAUAAGUACAAUGAGUCUCAUCUGAAUUCGUAUGGCACCCCGAACUCGACCUCUGGGAGUCUGCGCAUUCCGUCUCCAAAGCCUUUCAAGAUCCCUCCUGAGGAAGCUAGUUCUCCGCCGAAAUUUACCGACGACCAGACUCCUCGAGGAUUCAACGCGAGAUUCACAUCAAAGGAUCAUGCAGCUUGGGCGCCUGGUAACAACGAUAUCUUGGCAAAUCGAAAGCAAAGUGACUAUCAACGCGGACCAUUGAGCUCCGGUUUGUGCUUGUACCCCAUCACCACUCCCCUGUUCUGCGCUAACCACUCUUUCAAAGGUCAAAUGUCCCAUCAGGGCGGGAGCAGCUUCUCCAGCAGCCAGUUCCGAAAUCCGCCAGUGGGUAGUUUCCAGGAGCGCUUCAACCGGGAAGAACAAGACCGCCAGCGCGCACUUGCCGAACGACGUACCCAUGAAGACCACGAAGAUCAUCUCUUUGAUGAUAUGGACGACGUUGGCGGAGUUGAAGAAAUAGAAGAUAUGGAGGGUCUAUGAAGAGGCUAUGAAAUCAGAACUUAGUCCCCCACCGCUUUCGAUAGAAUUUGCACCUUUAGCCGGGCCGGUUGAUCUGGAAAUAACCUAUCGAUUCAACCCAUUCAUCUGCCGUGUUUCGCCAACAUCGCCAUCUCAUCAAGGUUGCCGGUAUAACUGUUCAUCGGUAUGCAUCCAUGUUCGCUUUAUUCGGCGUACUCUCCUCUAGAACCACAAUUUUUCUGCUUUACGUCCGACCGAC